AUGCGCCUUGUCGUUGCUUUCCAGCGUCUCCUUCACAACGAUCUCACUGAGCCUCCUCCUUCGAACACUCAACUAGGCGCAAACAAAAACGAUUUGCUACCAACCUCUCGCUCCUCCCUGGCCCAUCUCCUGCUCCAUGGAGUGCCUUCAGUUGCAUCAACGGUUUCCUCGAAGACAGUCACCGGCUCACCUGACCUUCCGAUAAAGGGAACAUCAGUGGGUUCGAUUGGAAAGGGCGAGUCGCACGCAUCGUUCAAGUCAAGCUCGCCAAUCAACUGCUUUGGCCAACAACCUGCCUCGUCCUCUGUCCGUGAUCAGCUGCAGCGUGCACCUUAUGCCGAUAACACUCAGUCGCCCGCUUGUGCACAAUAUGUCGCAGCACCCCCUCUAUCUGAGUAUGGGGUGUCCACAACUCUCGGAAAUAACCCUUUAAGUCGGCCCCUGUCUGUGAACCCGUCUACGACACCGUCCUCGCCCCUGCCACGAUUUGAUGGACCUGAGACGACUCCUAAGAGUGCAAGCAAUGGUGGAGCACUUUCUUCCAGUCUUUAUCGCCUCCUGCUUGAUACAAAUCCCUGCGCAGAGACUAUUCAUGCGGAAGUGGAAAGUGCGACCGCUCAGGGCUUUGAUACCGCUCCUCCAACACCCGCUUAUCCAGUUUUUCCACCGGCCUCAUCUGCUGGACAGGCUCCGCCAACAGAGGAUUCAUAUCGACUUAGAGGAGAUGAUGAUUUGUGGGAUUUACUGGACGAUCCUCUCAUGUCCUCCUUUCUAAUGGAUGGUGAUGCCUCGCGUCCCAAGUCCCUGGAU